AUGGGGACUCCAGGAGAACAGCUAGGCCUGGCCUCCCUUGAAGAACUGCAACAACUAUUGAGAGCUAAAGAAAGAGUUUUACUUCAGUCUACCAAAGCUCUAACAAGUCUUAUUGAAGGAAAGCGGUCCACCCUGCCCAAAGCUGAGGAGGAAGGUUUGGUUUCUCUUUGGAAUGAAGAGGAGUCGGACCUGCAGCCUCUUGCAGAGGAGGCUGGUCCUACCAGUCAAGUGUUAAACUACCCAGUACAGAAGAUCUGGCAACGCGUAGUGGAUAGUAGCUGGAUUGUGGGGAUACAAUUAUCUGAAUCUGUCAGCUUAAAUUUUGACUAUCUGAGUUUGUCACUGAUGAUGGAUCAUGACUUUACUGCUGCUCCAGUGAUUCAAUCUCAAAGUAAAGUACUGAAGGUAAACAAAUCCCAAGUAUCAGCAUCAUUUCACCAGUAUCCAUCGAAACCUCCAAUGAAGAAGCCAAGACUGGAGGUGCAAAACAUACGCACUUUGAGUAGCAGCCAUAAGGAAGACCCGUGUUUUCAUAUUUACAAAGAUCAUGCACAGACCAUCACAGUUAUCACAGACUUGUCACCGCUACUGGUAUACAGUAAUAUUUGUUGCUACGUAUUACUGCAUGGUACAAUGGGUCCUAUUCAGAAAACUGGAUUCAUGAAAAAAGAGAAGAUUAUAUCAUGUGGCAGAAUAUCUUUAAACCUGGAGGAUAUCUGGAAUGAAAAGUAUGCAAUAAGCCUGUUGCAGAAUCCUUUGCUAUGUACAGCGGGUCGAUACUCUGCAAAGUUCUCUUCUCCAGAGAGCAGUGGAAGCUGGGUCAUUGAAUACAUUCAAGACCGAUCAAUAAGGGAGUGAAAAGUUACGGAAGGCAUUCAGGAAAGGAGGAAGUCACAAUCAGAUAGGCCUUGAUUUUGAGUGACAGAACAGACUUAAAGGCCUACUACAAUUCUUGGGUUCUUGAACGUACUCACAUUCAGGCCAAUGCCUUGAUGCGUCAAACCUGUUGAACUAGAAGCACAAAGUGCGUCCCUGAAGAGAGAGAAUAUCUAUCUACAAUAUCUACAGCACAUGGGCUGCAGUGGUUCAAGGUGAUAGCUCAUCAUCACCUUCU